GCACGUAGAAAGAGGUUGGGAAUCGCCCUAGCCGUAUUAUCCGUCAGUCGGACAUCGUUUAUUACUCCUUUUCACGACGACUGCGCGCAAUUCACAAGGGAGUUUGACACACGGGCAGAAAGCCUUCCGCGCGGGCCCCGCAGAUAUCGCCGAACUAUCGCCUGCACUGCUCACAUUGCAAUCCCCAAUCUAUCGUCCCGCUCGUUACGGAUUUGUUUCCGUCCCGUGCACUCACCCAAGCGCUACCAAACCAAGCAUCUGCCGACUUCGCCACGAAGGGCUUCCUCACGACGUAGAGUCGCUUACCUCCUGUACUGGCUAGUCGCCAGCCUCCCUAAACCCAUUUCCUCUAGAACCGCUGUCAUGAAUCCUCGACUGCCCAGCCUGCUCCUUAUCUCGCUAGGCCUUGUUGCUCCUCUCCUCCUUUCCGCCGGUCGUCGCGUCGAGGCAUGCGCCGGCGCAGAGCGUCGCGUGCUGGUGGAGAAUGCGACGGCGUCGCAGGUGCAGGACGAGGUCAUGCGACUCAAGGAGACGCUCGCACGCGUGUCGCAGUACUCGCUGGCCCUCGCCGGAAUCCACGCCUUAUGGUACGAUCCGAGCAUCGACUUCCGUCUUCUCCUCGACACGACGCUCUUAAUCCCCACCGACUCGGCCAUUCUCUCCGCGGAAAUCCCCACCAGCAACAUCACCUAUACAGACGUCGUCGACGUACUUAAAAUGCACGUGCUGCCGCGUCGCCGCGCGUACAGCAAAGUGGAGUGCGGCGAGCCUAUGCCAUUCCUUCUCACGCCCGCUAACUGGACGUGGCCGACGCUCGGCGGUGUGCUUCUAACGCGGAUGGUUCCGCCGGGGGACUGUGUCCGGCUUUCGCCGACGGUGUUCGAGAGCGAGUACUAUGCAGCUGAUAUAGUUAAUCCGAGCCUGUUUGUAGGGAAGUAUUUCGCGGCGCAUGGCGUGAAUAAGCUGCUGAGGCCGCCCUACAGCUACUAAGGCGAGAUGGCCAGGCCAGAGAGGGGGGAAGGAGAGAGGGAGAAGAGAAGGGGAUACGGAAAUGGAGCUGCAGGGGCGAGGGUGGGAGGAAGGUCGUGCAAAGGGGAGCGAGGUGCGGGCUUUCCGUUGGUGUGAGAAAGGGGGAGGGGCGGGAAAGGGGCAGGGUGUGGAGGAGGACUUUCCGUUGGCGUAUGUGCGGGGGAGUUCAGACGGCCCUCUGGUGUUCCCAGCCAUCCCAUGCCAUCCCAUCCCCAUCCCCAUCCCAUCCCAACCACAUCCCAUCCCAUCCCAUCCCGUCCCAUUGCAUCCCAUCCCAUCCCAUCCCUGCCGUCCCUGCCGUCCCCGCAUGCCUUCCAAUCUUCAACGUUCUAAUAGCAUAAGAAGCACGUGCCUACAGCUCGCUGAAGGAACACGUUGUUUAGCGCUUCAAGUCGCUGCAGCACACGUCACAACCGCGUGACAAGCUAGGCAAGCAUUACCUAGGUAGCGCAUAUACAUUCCAUGAUUCUGGGUUCCAGGUUUUAGGAUAGGCUGAUUUCAUCUGCAGUUCCCUUGUUUGUUACAUAAGGCACUAAACGAUGCUCUACAGCAGGGUCCUUGCUAGGAUUUAGGGGCGUCUGAUCUUCAGACCAACUUUUGUGCGUCCGUCUGACCAUCAGACGAAAAUUUGGUUCUCGUCUGAGUUUUCAGACGAAAUUUUCAGGGCUGUCUGACUAUUC